AUAUAAUAAAUACACUAUCCUGUCUCUUCAUCUCUCCUUUCUGAUUCUCGCUGCCUACGAUCUCUUCCUCUCGGGGAAGCCACUGGUCUGCUCGCCCAACAGCGUCCUUAUGAACGGUGAACGCCCUGUGACGUCCAAAGCCAGAGGAACAUCAAACUCACCACGCGGCUGCUACGCAGGGAACAAGUGCAAGUUCCUCCACGGUGAGGCUGAGAAGCUCACACCCUACGACAAGAACAAGACGUGCCGAUACUACGCCAAUGGCUACUGCCGCCGUGGUGCCGACUGCUGGUUCAAGCACGCUGACCCGGGUCCAACCAACGCUGCCGUAUCUACAUCAGCACCACCGCCCGCGGAGGACGUGGAAGAGCCCUUCUGCUGCAUCUGCUAUGAGAAGCCUGUAACGUACGGCCUUCUGGCGGGCUGCAGUCACAUCUUCUGCGUUGGGUGCAUCCGCGAAUGGCGUGCCUCCAACGGAACGUCCUCGAAGUUUGUUACGCCAUCGAGUCAAUUCUUCCCGGAGGGUCACCCGCGAAAGGCUGCUAUCAUCGAGGAGUACAAAUCGAGCAUGGCUAGGGUGCCUUGCAAGUACUUCCAGCAGUCACCCGUCGAAGACAGGUUCUGUCCAUUCGGCAAAGAUUGUUUCUUUCAGCAUUGCAACGCCGACGGUUCUCCUUACGUCUUCGCGCUUGGUGUCGAACACAACAUGAGGGUGAGCCACUCUGUCCUCUGACUAUCCCAUUUACCCAAUGGUACUGUAGGUCUUUAGACGGCGACAGGAAAGGGAACGAUAUGCUAAUCUCCGUCGGAUGAUGAAUAGCGCUCUCAUGGGGUAUGAUUACGAUGACGACGACGCCAGCCUCUCAGACAUCCCUGAGGAGCGUGACUUCGACCAGGGAAGUGAUUCGGACACUUCAUGUCCCCGGAUGACAACCUCGGCACACCUCCGCAUUUCCCUGGUCAACGACAACGUGAGGAUGGAGGAUAUGGUUGCAAGACUA